AUGGAGGAAUCCCUGGAAGGUUUGAGGAAAGAACUGGAGGCAGUCGAGAAGGAAGAAAACAAGCUGCGAGCUCAGGAAGUGGAUAUCAAACACGAAGUAGAAAAAUAUGAGACUGUAUUGAAAGAAAAUCAACAGAAGGUCAAGCACUGGCAGAAAGAGGUAUGCAAUGCAGCCUGUGAGCAAGCUCUUCAUUUGGGGGAGUUGCGAGUAGUCACGCGAGAGCGAGGAAAGAAACCUCCACCCCUCGUGGCAUCGCCGCUCGCUUCGCUCGCCAAAAAUGGAGACCUUGCUCGCAGACUAUACAAUGAAGGAUCGAAUCCUUAUUUUUUGUAAACAACGAAAGACGUUGGUAAGAGACGUUUGGUUAUGGAAGCUACUAACCAUCAAAGAUGAAAACAACGGUACUGCAGAUUAUGUUUAUGUUUUAUCAUUAUUAUUGAUCAUUACAAAAAAAAAAUUGAACUCAGUAAACUUUUUGAACGAGGCAAAUUGAAUAAUACAAAGUUAACUUAAAAUUUACUGUUUUGUUUUUACAUAACCAAUGAAUGAAACUUUAAAUCUAAGUACAUUUUCUCAACUAGUUUAAAAGAAAACUUGUUGCUCAUUAACUUAAAACUGAUAGAAAUGCUAUUGAACGUCAAGUCAAGGGUAAAACAAAAGAUACAGUAGAAUAUCUCGAACACUAGGUUUUUUCGAAAAUGCCGAUUAUAGGCCAUUUUCACGAUGACGACAUUUGACUUCAAACAACUACCAGAAUCUAUUUCGUUUGGCUUUCUUAUUCAAAUUUGUCAAUCCCGCUCGGGCUUAAAAAAACAAUAGGCCUAAUUUGCACAAGAAAACACAAACUGAAGGAUUCUGGUAGUUGUAGUAAAAGUCCAUUAUCGUGUAAUUGUCCUAUUCGAACCAAACCCAUCUCCUCUUUUGCCAGUCAAACACUGUAAUUUUACCCCCGAUUUCUCACACCUCCUGAUAAAUUCCAACCAAUUUGCUGUUCCCUAGGUGUUUCGUGUUUUCGGGAUUCCACUGUACAAGACAAAAAAUAUAUUUGGGACUAUUGCCGGUCGUGUUGACCAGUGACCUAUUGACCGACCAAACAAGUCUUAGCUCGAACUCGUCUCUCUUCUGACCUGUAAGAAUAUAAAAAAUAGCACGAUAAUACCUUGAACUUACAAGCCUAGUAACAAGCAAAAAAUAUAAGAUGAAAAAAUAUUACUGUCCUCUAGAAACGUAAUAGUGUGAAAAUGCAUUUUUUUUUUCUGGUCGCUUUUUUACGUGUCCUGUCAAAAUGCCCGGUAAAGCGAAAGUUUGUCCAGACAAAUAGACAUCUUUGUCGGACAAUGUCUGUUGACCGGCCUUUAUUUUGAAAGCCUUGACUGUAUAACAGUAAAAUGUUUAUCACCCAGCCCACCACCGUAGGACUAUCAAACUGUCUACCCUCAUAGCUGCAUAUAGUUGAUUAAUUGUUAUCGAUGUAUUUGUGUCUUUAGCUGAGUAAGCUGUCGCUGCAGCCUGUAAGUGCCUCAGCUGAUGCUGAACCAGAAGAGAGUCUUCCAACUCUGACGCGAGAGGAACUGGAAGGGGUUGAUAAAGAAACUGUCAUGGUAAGCAGCAGGAUUUUUAGUUUGAAAGUUACUGCAUACAACAAUGACGAUAUAAUAGGAUGGUUCGUACAAUCUUGAAAAGGUCUUGAGUUUUAGUAGUUGUCUUGAAAAGUCCUUGAAUUCGGUUAAGGUCCUUGAAAGGUACUUGAUUUCUUUAUUAGGUGCUGAAAAAUCCUUGAAAUUCACUACCUUGUCUAAAAACAUGUAUGUGCAUCAGCAAUAUCUUACUUCUGUUUUUUAUUUUAUAUUAAAUGCUAUUUCUGUACCUCGGAUACAAUUGCAAGUCAUACCCAGUCAUUUGUACCAAAAAAUGUGUUGCACGUGCAGAGUUGAUAUUUUGCUCAUUAAACCUAUUGCUUUUUUGCUUUUCGUUUUUAUACUUCUAAAUUAUUAUUAUACAAUGAUGUGAAUGCUACGCGCGCUUUGAUUGGUCGUUGCCCAUGAUCUAUUAGAGUACAGAUACAUGGAUGACGUCACGGGAAACUUGUUUUCUUUGUUUUGUUCAACAUGGCACGCGGUUUUGAAAAUGUUUGUGAGAUUAUUUCGGAUUGAGGCAAGUGAAAGCUUCGGAAAAAGUUUAGCAGGAGCUAAUAGGGAACUUUAGAACCACGACAAAGUUCACGACGACGACGUCUGUUGACUGGGAAAGGAAUGGAACGAGAACGUCAGUUUCGACGGGAAAAAGGAAACUUAAGAUGCAGUCGACCGGUAGGUCGACGACGACGACACUGAAUGUAAACAAACAUGUAGACUGUGAUGUUCGUUCGCAACAAAGUUUUUUCGCAAAGGCGUCUUUUAAGACGAUGCAAGAUCUUAUAAAAUAUACCGUACGUCUACUUUCAUUGACGAUGAAGAAUUUUUCGUGUUGUCCGACCUUUUCGAAUGGAAAAAUCUCUGCUUUCCGUACGAAGGUUAUUCAACUUUCAACCUGAAUGACAUGACCGAGUCCGAGUGUCUGUCAGAGUUUAGAUUUGGAAAAAGAGACAUUCCGAUGCUAUGGCUGUUUUCCAUAUGAAGUUCAUUUCCUCUAUAUUAAAGAUAUAUGAUUUGCCUGNGAUCUUAAACUCCCUAAAUUGUACAAACGACCGGUUUCAAUAGACCGGCGAAAUUUCUCAUUUUAUUAAAGCACUGAGGUUACGACAACUUCGAGUUAAACUGAUUUCACGGGUUGUCAAAGAGUCCAGCGAUUCCUUUUUCCCAGGUGAGCGCCGACUCAUUUCGCUUCAAUAUUCAGGAAUGCUCUCGAUCUUUUUACGCUUUCAUUGCCUCUCGCCCGACAUGUUUUGCACGGCGUUUGGUCAUGCGAAACCUCCACGAAACCUCCACGCCUCGCGCGAGGUAACUUUAUCCCGAUUCUAAAAAUUAAUUGGAGACGAAUUACCUAUGGAAUAGGGUGUAAAUGGGGGAUGCCCUCUCUGUCCCCUUUAUAGUCUCUUGUCAUUAUAUAAAACAAAUAGAUUCCAUGUUGUCGUGGGUCUGUUCAGUAAUAGAUCACAGAGGACGUCAAAAUGUGGUAAAAACAACAGUGACACACUCGCCUGCGGCUCGUGUGCCAAUUCUUUGUUUUUGCGACAUUUUGACGUCAUCUGUGAUCUAUUACUGAACAGACGCACGGCAACAUGGAAUCUAUUUGUUAAUUAUAAGGGGAAUUAGUAAUUUUCAAUCAAAAAGCAUGCCGUUAAUUUUUGAAUUAAGGAAACCUGCUAAACUGAAGACGCAUCCUUCUCAUUCGUCUUCUGGCCCGGAUUCUAGAGGCCUGUCUGUAAUUUUGUUGAUGCAUUUUUUUCAGUAUGAAAUUACUGUUUUGGAGGAAAAAUUGCAGCAGAUGAAACCAAACAUGGCAGCUAUUGCUGAAUAUCGUAAAAAGGUAAUGUAUAGCAAACGUCUCCUCCUCAUUUUCGCCAUGUCAAGAGCGUGGGGUGUGAACCUUCAAGUGUAAAAUCAUGUGAAAUAAUAUCUUUAAUAAACCUUGCUGCUAGGUUGAUUAUUCACUAUAAUCAGUACAUGGCAUUAUAUCACACUUACUGACUUUGUAAACUAAGGUUUACGGUCUCCUUCCCUCCCAUCGCCACGCUUUGUUUGUGGUCACAUUAUGCGGAAGUUUGUGUAACCUUUUCUAUGAUAUGUACUCUGCAGGAAGAAGCUUACCUGGCUCGAGUCAAGGAGCUUGAUGACGUCACCAACGAUCGUGAUCAGAAAAGAAAAGAGCAUGAAGCCAUGCGCAAACAGCGCCUUGAUGAGUUCAUGACAGGGUUUUCCGUGAUCACCACUAAACUCAAGGAAAUGUACCAGGUGCUUAAUUACUUCCCUAGCCAUGAGUAAUAAUAAUAAUAAUAACAAUAAUAUACACUUACCGUAUAUCGCGCCUUUCUCUUAGUGAUCCAAAGCGCUUUACAAUCAGUAGAUAUUUAGAAAACAAAUAAUUCAAAUGCAGCAUAACAGGAUUAAAAACCCCAACUGGUAGGAGGCCACCAGUUGGCUAUUUACAAGCGUGGCCGAGGAUUUGAACUCGCGAUGACCGAGGACAAAUCCAGCAAGUGACCAGAGCGGGACUUGAACCCGGGACUACCGGAUUGCGAGUCCGACGCGCUAACCACUCGGCCACGCUGCCUCCUGUAACAACUCCUUACAACAACUUUUUUCUUUCCCCAUUGUAGAUGAUUACUCUUGGCGGUGACGCUGAGCUGGAGCUGGUUGACAGUCUUGAUCCUUUCUCUGAAGGAAUUGUUUUCAGGUUAGUAGCACAAUACAACAAAGGAAUUUUAAAAUCACGUAAACGGCAAACGAUAAUUUGUACCACGUGAUCCAAAAAAUACCAUAAUAGUUUGUUGUGCCCCCAAAAUUUUACAUAAGUAUUGUUUUCAAUUUCUCUUGGGGCGAUUGUAAGUCCUAUACUAUUGUCAUUUUGUGUUCAUUAUACAGUCGAAACCCCGCUUUACGGACACGCUAAAUAUGGACAUUUUUUUUUUGUCACUGGGGAAAAGCCUUUAAUUUUCUCUCAAUUCGACCCGCCUUACGGACACAUGUUAGUGCGGACCACACACUUGUUUCUUGCCCAAUCAACAGAUUCUCAUAGAACGUUUACUUCUGGUCUUCUACUCGGAUUUUAAAGCAGAAAUCUCGUAAAAAUGCGCAGGAUACCACCCUGUGCAAGUUCACGAGAUUUCUACGCAAAAAUGGAGUACAACGUCCCCACUAUACUACUUUAAUGGACACAUUUUAUUGUCAACUGUGUGUUGUAGUAAACCUUGCCUUUUUGACGGUAAAAAAAAUCUUCAGCGGACAGCAUGUUGACUUUUCCAGCGUUUUUUCGAGCUAAAUGGUAUUUGGGUUUUUUUGAAAUUUUAAUCGGGGGCUUUCUUGGAAGAGAAAAGCUUAAAACAAGCAUCUUUAAAUUAGGAACCUUAAGAUCUGAGGACGCGACGGCAGCCAAAACGCCGCUUAAAAGUAAAUUUGCGUUCUUUCGUCUCAGUUGUGAUUAGUCCUACCGUGUGAAAUUGUCAAAUGUAGGAAAACCGUCCGAAGAACCAUAUCCGAGUUAAAGAGAAAUAAAAUUUCGUCGUCGUUAGUUCACAUAUUCCAUGAAACGAAAAAUUAGGUAAUUUCACGUCGUAGUCAAUAACCGAGUCAUGCAAAAACGGCAAAGAAAUGUUUAAAACAAGUGUGGUGCACGUGCAAAGGUGUUGUUUUGCCAACUAAACCUAUUGGUUUUUAGACGUUGGCGUCGCGUCGUCGGAUCUUAAAGUCCCUAUAAAAUCAUCGUGAAGACUGUAUGGUGUAUUGUCUUUGGACACUUAAUUAAUUUCAUUUUAUGAUUGCCACUGUUUCAAUUCUCAGUGUGAGGCCACCAAAGAAGAGCUGGAAAAAUAUUUCAAAUUUAUCAGGUGGAGAGAAGACACUGAGUUCUCUAGCUUUGGUAGGUUUACGAUUUGCUUUCAUGGGCCCUUUGCACAAAACGGUCACAUGGUACAAAAACACCUCGCUGGAGGGCAAACAACGCUGUGGGAUCUUGAAACGAAUUAGGAUGUUGGGUUUUUUUUGAAUGAUGCAUUCUCGUCACUUUUCUGCCCCACUGCUAGACUUUCUAUAAGUCUUUAAUUUUUUUUCCUGUUUGGUUAUGCCAUUUUGAAGGACUUCAUAAUUCACCGGUCGAAAAUUCUACCGGUGACGUCAGGACAAUUGACCAAUAGGACAGUAAAAGAUAUUUCACGCUGCUCCCGACACAGCAUAUGUCAAUCAUUUUUUCCCGCAUGAAUUUAUUAUGAUUCAAAUCCAUUCAUGCGAAACAAGUCGACCUCGAGAUUUCGUCGGUCCCUGCGCGACCUCAUGCUUUGAAGCUCGCUUCGAUUACUUCUAAGAACUUGUGAGAGGUCGACUUGUAGUAAGUCUCCCCCACUGUGUCGUUUGCCAUCCAGCGAGAUGUUUUUGUUCCAUGUGAGUCCCUAGCAUGGCCGAAUAAGGUGUCCAAUUCUUUGGCUUGAUAGUAUGUUGUUUGCUUUCGAUAUAAUGCACGUUGCACUUUUUGGAAGUUACAUUUUUGCCCGCUUGUUUAGGUAUUUGCUCUUCAUCACUACAAGCCCACACCUUUGUACGUGAUGGAUGAAAUCGAUGCUGCCCUGGACUUCAGAAAUGUGUCAAUUGUGGCCAACUACAUUAAGGUCAGCAACAGUGUUUACUGUUAAUGUAGACCCCUGGUACUGAUCAAAUGAAAAUCACACCGAAAACUCUAAAUAUCUUUUUGUAAAUCCUAAGAGUCAAAUAGACUUUCCUGAUUCCUGGUUUUAUGCAAACCCCACUUUGUGGGCCUUAAAUUGGUCGCUCGGUUAGAUCAAGCGGCGCUGUCUUAUUUUUUCGUUUUCUUUUCUUUUUUUCCGCCAAUUUUCUUUCUUUUUUUCUUUCCUAAUUCCGUCUAUUUGUUUUCGUUAAUAUGUAUACCGUUUGAUCCGAAAUACUUUGGCUGAAUGUAGACCCAACCGAGAACGUUGUAAACAGAUACUUACUUAUUCAAUUAAGCACCCAACUUCGAAUUAGCGAACUUCGAAUUAGCGCCCAUCCUUUAGGGAGUAAAAGUUCGCCCGGCCUCAAAUAAACGCCCACCAACACCCACCACCCUCCCCACCCCCCCCCCCUUUACGAGAAAACUGAAGAAGACAAGAAGAGUAUUGGUUAUUGUUUCUUUUACUACCCUAUCUGCUCCUUGUCGACUGACCCAUUCGUAGACGUCACACUGUAAGACAUCUACGAGGCAGACGAUGAGUUAUAAAUUGACUAGGUACUACUAAGAGACUUAGUAGACCGAACGAGUUCUUAGUCUUUUCAAAAUAAACUUUCAAUUGCCAGUUAUAAUUCUGCUCUGGCACAUCUUCACGUUUUGUACUUAUUGCUGUUUUGUUGGAAAAUUUACUUACUACUUGCUGAAAAUAAUGAAAAUUUAAUAAGCGCCCACUUCCAAGGCCCAAAAAUAUAAGAAGCGGCUAGGAUACCUAAUCGAAUAAAUACGGUGAAAAAAGGGUGAAAGACGUACUUACCAGCUCUUUCGCUUUUUAUGUUCUCUCUACAGGAAAGGACCAAAAAUGCACAGUUCAUCAUCAUCAGCUUACGGAACAACAUGUUUGAAUUAGCUGACCGACUCAUUGGUAUAUUUAAAACGGAUAAUUGUACAAAGAGUGUGGCAAUCAAUCCACGAGCGAUAGCAUCCACUGCCUGA